GCAAGUCGAAUUUUCAAGAAGACAAGUUCUUGAGCGAGUGGACGAGGAGCUAGCUAAAGGGAACGAGAGGGGGGCUCUGGCUCUUGUGAAAGAAUCGCACGGCAAGCCCGGGGGUCUCCGUUGCUUCGGUUCCGCGAGGCAGAUAUGAAUGGACGCCUUUACAUUGUUGGAGCAGACGCAAAACUGGACCUUCUUUCAUGUCUUCGUGGCUUGUGGGCAAUGCAGACUAGGAUUGUGCAGAGUUUUUCAGUGAUUCUUGUAAUCUUUCUCCUGUUCUUUUUCCAUUGAUGGGUUAUUGCAGCAAAGGAAUGGAGGAAAUUCCUGUGUUUUUGUGGGCAAUGGUGACUUGAUGACGUAGGUUGUUAUUCUAGUUAUUUUUUCAAUCUUCGUUCUUCAAUGAUUUGUUACAAAGCACACACCUGGUUGAAAGUCUUGGGGUGGGUUAAGAAGAUGGUUCGUGGAACAGCCGAGGAGUGGAGAUGUGCACUGUUUUGCAACUGACUGAUGCCUAAUCUUGAAUAAGAAUCUUGCCAAUUUUGUAUUCAAUUUAUAAAUACCAUCGAGCUGUUGCCAUAUUUGAAGUUGUUCUUGGAAGGGAAUGUCUCAAAAGUCGCGAAUUUGCUGUGCCUUGUGCUCAUUAUUUAGGCUCCAAUUGCAGUUACCGCAGCGGCUUUACACUUUAGAUGAACUGAAGUUGAAUGGAAUCGAAGCGGCAUUGCUCUUGUCUCCGGUAGAUGCGACUCUUGGUGCUAUAGAGAGAAACCUGCAGCUUGCUGCUGUCGCUGGAGGGCUCUCCGCAUGGAACUUGUUGGGUCUUAGUCCCCAGCAAAUUUUCUAUGUUUCUUUGGGCCUUUUAUUUCUGUGGACUUUUGACUCGGUAUCUUUCAAUGGAGGAGUUGGCAGCUUGGUUCUUGAUACAAUUGGCCAUACUUUUAGUCAGAAGUAUCACAAUAGGGUUCUUCAACAUGAAGCUGGACAUUUCUUGAUUGCUUACCUGGUCGGAAUUCUUCCUAGGGGAUAUACAGUCUCCAGUUUGGAUGCUUUAAAGAAGGAAGGCUCUCUCAAUGUCCAAGCAGGGACUUCUUUCGUAGAUUUCGAAUUUCUUGAAGAAGUCAAUGUGGGAAGAGUAUCGGCAAGGAUGCUCAAUAGAUUCUCCUGCAUAGCCCUCGCUGGCGUGGCGACUGAAUAUCUUCUCUUUGGAUGCGCCGAGGGAGGCCUCGCAGACAUAAACAAGUUGGAUCUAUUGCUCAAGGGCUUGGGAUUUACCCAGAAGAAGGCAGACUCUCAAGUCAGAUGGUCGGUGCUGAACACUGUCCUGCUGCUGCGCCGCCACGACAUGGCACGGGUGGAGCUUGCGAAGGCAAUGUCCCAGGGGAAGUCUGUCGGGUUUUGCAUCAAUGUCGUAGAAGACACCAUAGGCGAUGCAGACAUCUAGAUCUGAUCGCGAAACACUAUUGUUUCUUCAUUUUUGGGUUGGCAGCACACAGAUUUACUGAGAUCUUAUGUUUUUGUCAUGAACAUUGAAAAUCUGUUAUAUCCCAGUGUAAGCAUAAUGAAUUCCACUUGCCUUUGCUUUGGGUAUGUUGCGAGGUGUCUUAUGCAUAAGAUGAUUUUUAUGGAGAUAUCUUUUCCUUCCUAUAUUUUU